AUGGUCGCACGCCACGGCCAAAGGUCCAGGACUCCGCUUUCUGUGCCCGCCGAAUUGGCCCAGACGAAGCCCACGUCAGCGCAGAAGCAGUUGGGGAGGCAGCUUCCCUAUGGGCAUGGCACCUUCCAGCUGGUCCACGUUAUCGGCGCGGUCAUCGCAGUCUACAACUGCGCGCUGCACUACGAGAGCUUCAGGUUAACGGCUGGCGUAAUGGAUCACUGGUGCGGGCGUCCCGAUUCCAUGAAGAACCUCAGCGUGAACGAGUGGAAACAGCUGGCCAUACCCGUGGACGAGCAAGGCGAGCACAGCCACUGUACGAUGCGCGACCCGCCGGAUGGUGGCGAUGCGGCUCGCGUCGUGCCUUGCGCAUCGUGGGAGUUCGACCUCGACCAGUACGGGAACAACAUCGUCAGCCACUGGAACCUAGUGUGCGACAGGCGCUGGCUCAUCGACGUCGCGAGGCUCGUGUACGCGGCCGCCAGCAUGGCAUCGCUGCCCGUAGUCGGAGCGCUCGCGGACAGCGUGGGUCGCAAGGACGGUACUCCUCUUAAUCGUACCCGUGGUCCUCAUAUCGGGCGCCGCCAGUGCCGUGCCGGAUGA